AUGAAAUGAAACUACUUUUCAGAGAAGCUAAUGAAUACAUUAUUCUGCUGUAAUUUCCCCCAACAUUGAGAAGCGAAAAAGAAUCCAAUGAAAAUACAUUUAAGAACAAUUUAGGAGCUGAUUUCUACAAAUACUGCGUGAGAUUCCUUUUACUGGAGGGAUCUUAACUUUUUGGUAGAAAACCAUAAACUCCGGAUAGAGAAAAGUCAUAAAUAAUUCUUUCCUGUAAGAAUUGAAAACAACUGUUAGUAUGGAAAACAAAACCUUUUCAGGGGCAGUAGGAAUCAAAUGAAGAUUGGAAUAAAAGCCAAUCAGGUGACGCCUGCGACAGUUCUGACCAAUCAGGAUCCGAUUACUAGUAUAAAGCCAGGUUCUGGCAUCAGUUUUCCAGUUGCUUAUUUCACAGCACAAGCGCUAAGCUGAUGGCUCGCACCAAGCAGACGGCCCGCAAGUCCACCGGCGGCAAGGCGCCGCGCAAGCAGCUGGCCACCAAGGCGGCCCGCAAGAGCGCGCCGGCCACCGGCGGCGUGAAGAAGCCGCACCGCUACCGGCCGGGCACAGUGGCCCUGCGCGAGAUCCGUCGCUACCAGAAGUCUACGGAGCUGCUGAUCCGCAAGCUGCCGUUCCAGCGGCUGGUGCGUGAGAUCGCGCAGGACUUCAAGACCGACCUGCGCUUCCAGAGCUCGGCCGUGAUGGCGCUGCAGGAGGCGUGCGAGGCCUACCUGGUGGGGCUCUUCGAGGACACGAACCUGUGCGCCAUCCAUGCCAAGCGCGUCACAAUCAUGCCCAAGGACAUCCAGCUCGCGCGCCGCAUCCGCGGGGAGAGGGCAUAAACCCUGUCCUAAGCGCAUUUGUUCUCCCAAAGGCUCUUUUAAGAGCCACUUCCAUUCUCACUAAGGGUGGCUGUCAUUAGGUUUGGUGUUAAAACGGGAGGAAAAAUGUUUUAUGGAAGAACUAGGUAUUUUCAGUCGCAUGCAAAAUAAGCACAAGUGCACUUGCCAAGGCCACAUACGCCGUUAAAUCUUUGUUAGCUAUUUAAAAAGAAACUCGCUCUAGGUGAGAAAUACUUUCAGAAGCAUCCCUCUGUCUCCCUCGUGAAAGCCUGAAACAAGAUGUCAAGCAGGGGAGCAAAAAUUCAAUGUAAAUGAAGCUUGAGGGCUACUCACUCCACUCCAGCAUGGGGGCUGCUGCUGGCAUGCGGUUCUCAUUUUGAAAGAGUCUGAAGUGUAUAAAAUGGAUAUUUUAUGUAUCUCUGCCAAUAAUGUUUCUGAUCUGGACAAGGAUGGAAAUAGUGAACUUCCUGAGAUGGAAACUGAUAGAAUCUACAUUAAAAUUUAUACCUACAUAAGUGGCCUGAAAGUUUAUAGCAAUGAGUGUUCUGUGUUAAGAACAAACAAAUACUUAAGAGUAUCUACCUCCUAUCAUGAAAAAAAAAUUAGUUUUUCAAUGGAGAUACCAAUUAUAUAAAUGGCUACCAAUUAUAUAAAGGCUUUUAAAACUUCACUUUUAAUCAGAUAAAUGCAAAUUAAGACAACAAUGAAAUACUACCCAACACCCAUCAGACUGGCAAAAUCAGAAAGCUGGUAUAUAAAUAACCAAGUGUUGGGAAUUGUAAGAAUUUAAUUUCAUGUGGUGGUUUACUGAUGA